AUGGAAAUCGAGCACAAAGCUGUUAGAAAAUGGCUAUUAUCAACACCAAAAUAUGUGCCUAUGUGGUACCUUUAUGAUACGAUAGGAUCGGUUCUAUAUGAAAAAAUUACAAUGGAAAACCCACACUAUCAUAUUUAUAGAACAGAAAGUCACAUUCUAAAACAGAAUGCAGAUGAGAUUAUAUCUGGUUUGAAAGACAUAGUCUUAUGCGAGCUUGGUGCUGGUAAUGCUACAAAAACCGCAUUCUUAAUAUCGGCGUUAUUGAAGAAAAAUAAGAUGUUGACCUAUAUUCCUAUAGAUGUAGCAAAAGAUUUCAUGGAACAUAACGUUUCUUUGCUAAUGCAACGAUUCAGUGAGGGUUUAGAAGCGAAAUCUUUUGCUGGGGACUAUGUUGAUGGUUUACACCACUUGAAGGGUUUACAUCGAAAUAAACUUAUCAUGUGGAUUGGUAAUAGUAUAAGUAAUGUUCCAAUAGAUGAUUUGAAGUCACUUCUGGCACAAAUCAAUAACAUUAUGGGGGAAAACGACAGGUUUCUGGUCGGCAUUGACCUCACACAAGACAAAGACAAGGCACUCACCAUAUACAGCCACCCUGAUACGUGGAUACCAUUCAAAAUGAAUGCACUGACCCGACUAAAUCGAGAUUUAGGAGCAAACUUCAAACAUCAGAAUUUCAAAUUAUAUACCAAAUAUGUCAGAAAUGACGACGUGGAUGGCUUUGUGGAAAAGCCGCAGUAUAUUCAACACGCUCUUAAAAGCAUAUGUGAACAACACGUUCGUUUGGAUGCGUUGGAUUUAAAACUACAUUUCGAGGCAGGAGAACUGUUCUUUUGCCAUGAAUUAGAACAUCUUAGUCUUAAAUGGGCCUGGAAACAAUUUGAAGAUACAAUGAUUAAAGGGGGUUUCUCGUUGGAGAAGAAAUGGAGUGAUGAUUGCGAAAGUUAUGGCGUGGCACUCUUGAAGAAACUGUAA